GGAUUCCGCGAGGCGUUGCAGGACGUGACCGAAAACAACUGGCGGGAAACAUUUUGCUUCUCUUCGCUUUUGAUCAUUUACGUGUUUUCCCUCUUGGAGGUCACACACAAAGAUUGGAGCCAGCUCGCUCCCAUGUCCAAAAUUGUCGAGCUUUUUGUUUGUGUCCGGGGCAUGCGAAGCACGAUGGAUGCGUUCGGACCAAGCUUCAAGCAGUCACAACUCGCACCGCUAGCCUUGGGAAUCUGGUCAGUCGAUGAAAGAGAUCCUGUCUACAGGCAUCCUUCACUUGAAAGAAUGGUGUUGCCAAGAAAUAUCUUUGAGAAGCUUGGGGUGCUUGCGAGCUUCUUCAAGCUUCAUUUGGAUGAAGAACGUAAAGAGGCAUAUGGGAAUGCUGUCGUGCAACUCGAGAAAGUAGCCUAUCUUAUCGCACAUGCAGGCGUUCACGUGGAACUUGGCAUGCUCCUGUUCUGGCCUUAUACUGUGUCCGACGUCAUCAUGAACGACAUACAUGCCGCAAAUCCGCAUGCAUGCGUCUUGUUGUGCCACUUCGCUGUGCUUCUCAGUGUACUCGAAAAGCGGUUCUGGUUUCUAAACGGCUGGACUGGCGGUCUUUUUUCGUCGUCCAUGGCACAUCUAGCUGGGCAUGUAGAACUCUUGGAAGUUGUCGAGUGGGCCCAGCAUUGGGUCAUGGGAGUGUGCAGUAUUAUUCCGACUGCUGUGGGUAGCUUGGAUAUAAGUAGUGGAGCUGACUCACGAUGA